CCCAGGCAGGAUGCAGCCUGACAUGGACACACAUUUGAAAACAGGUUAAUCUAAAUAAAAAAAAGAGAGAGAAAUUCAACCAUAGUUGAUAGUUUUGGUUGUUUUGCUAGCCCACAUGGGGCAAACACUCUCCCAAAGAAUUGAUUUAUUCCAACUAGAGAGAACCCACGGGAUCGAGCAUUUACAUGGUUAUUAGGAGCUAGUUUACUAUUGAAGAGAUAUCAAAAGGUUAUUGACCGAGCAGGUCUAUACUUGCAUGACAUCUGAGUGCUUAAAAUGUUAAACUUUUUUUAUUAAGUAUAAUGAUUUGAGUGAAUGAUGCAUACUGCAUACUGAACUGAAUGAAUCGUUUAUUGAUAACUGAUCUCUUGGAGGGAUUUUAGUCAAAAAUGAUCAAAGUCCCUUAAAUCCCCUUUCUUCCCCAUUCUGAUGCUCGGUUUGAACUUAAGCAAGUUGUCUUGAUCACCUCUACAUGCCUAAAUGCAUUGUAUUGCAGUCAUGUGACAGCUACUAUUUGUGUUAACAAGCACUGGAACCUAAUAAAGUGGCAAGUGAGUGUGUAUAUGCUAACUUCAUUGACCUUGAUUUCCUAAAUGAAAAUGAUAAACAACAUUUUAAAAGUUUUCUUAUGCCCUACAAGUAUUUCCAAUUAUUUCAAUGAGUGCUGUAUAAAGGGUAAAUGAGGUUGCAAUGAAAUUGAUCUGAAUUCAGGAAUACAAAGUUAGGACAUACGGUCAAUGCCCUCCUCUUAAAUAAAUAAAAUGUACGAUACUCCCAUUUUUUCUGGCCCCUGUUUUGCCUUUAACCUUUUCCUUAUAUUCAUUAGUCUGGGAAUGACCUGUGGAAAGGAUGCAUCUGAAGAAUUACAUAGUGUGGCUCAUCUAUAUGGUGGCUGUUGCCGCCUCUGACCCUUUGGCUUUCAACAUCAAUGCAACAACUCAGCACACCAUCACAACGGAACAAUAUUUCAUUCAAAAUAAAGUGCUACAAUUUAUGUCUGAAGACAUCAGAAGAAUACUUCCCACUGCUCCCUCACAGCUAAAUGGGUCUGAAGAAAUGUGUAACUCUGAUCUGGACCAAACCCACGUGUGCAUCAUUUCUCCAGACAUUUCUCUCACAGACACAACACUGCCUGUCAAGCACUUUGGACUUUCAAUAGUGGAAAACUCCACACUCUCUGAAUUAACAGUUUGCAGGCCAAGUGCAGUCUAUGGAUGUCACAACAAUUCCUAUCCGGAAAGCGUGUGUUACAAGAUGGGAAAUCGUCAGCAAAUCAACUCCUCAGAAAGCACAAACAAUACAGUGGAGCUUGUUUUUCUAUUUGAUGGAUCAAGAAGCAUGAAUGAAACAGAGUUUCAAAAAAAUAAAGAUUUCAUAGUGGCGAUAAUGGACAGCCUGAAGAACACGUCUGUCAAGUUUGCAGCAGUUCAGUUCUCCACAGAUUACAACAAAGUUUUUGAUUUCAAAGACUAUGAAUCUGGAACUGCAAUUGAUAAACUUAUGAAAGAACCUCAUAUGAAGGGUCUCACCAACACAUACAAAGCCCUAGAAUAUGUGCUGUCCCACAUCUUUGAGAACCCAGAGGCAGGUGCAUCUCCUGAUGCAGCUAAAGUUCUGGUGCUAAUCACAGAUGGAGAUCCCAGUGACUACGACAGAAAUGACACUGUUAAAACGUUUGAUGAAAAAAAUACCAUUCGCUUUGUCAUUGGGGUCAAAGAAGCCAAUCUAGAUAAGUUUAGGGAAAUAGCUUCAGAACCAAAGGAUCAAAAUGCCUUCAAAACUGAAAACUAUGACGGACUCAGAUUAAAACUGGGAGAUGUAGUAACAAUUGCAAACAUGGCAGCUGAAGCAGAACAGAUGAAUGACAUGUCUCCAAGUGGAUUCAGUGCAGUCUUCUACAAGACGUGUGGUCCAAGUGCUGCCCAAGAACGCAAUGAGAGCUCCUACCUGAACACUGUCUGUUACAGUGUCUCCCAUCUUCAGUCAAUCAACUAUUUUACUCCUGGUUCCCAAGAAUACACCAAAACAUCUGUGGACCUUGUCUUUCUACUUGAUGGAUCAAAAAGCAUGACUGGUGCAGAUUUCAACAAAAACAAAGAUUUAAUAGUGGAGAUAAUGGAGAGCCUGAAGGACAUGUCUAUCAAGUUUGCAGUAGUUCAGUUCUCCACACAUUACAACAAAGUUUUUGAUUUCAAUGACAAAGUUGGAACUGCGAUUGAUAAACUUCAGAAAGAACCUCAUAUGAAGGGUCUCAUCAACACACACAGAGCCCUGACAUAUGUGCUGUACCACAUCUUUGAGAACCCAGAGGCAGGUGCAUCUCCUGAUGCAACUAAAGUUCUGGUGCUAAUCACAGAUGGAGAUCCCAGUGACCCUGACAGAAAUGGCAUUGUUAAAAAAUAUGACGAAAAAAACAUCAUUCGCUUUGUCAUUGGGGUUAAAGACGACAAUCUAGAUAAAUAUAGGGUCCUGGCUUCAGAACAAAAGGAUCAAAAUGUCUUCAAAACUGAGGACUAUGAUGAACUCACAAGAAAACUGGAAGAUGUAGUAACAAUGGGGAACAUGGAAGAAUACACCAAAAAACCUGUGGAGCUGGUCUUUCUCUUUGAUGGAUCAAAAAGCAUGACCCACGCAAAGUUUGACAAAAAUAAAGUUUUAAUAGAGGACAUAAUGGACAGCCUGAAGGGCACGUCUAUCAAGUUUGCAGCAGUUCAGUUCUCCACACAUUACAACAAAGUUUUUGAUUUCAAAGACAAAGCUGGAACUGCAAUCGAUAAACUUCAGAAAGAACCUCAUAUGAAGGGUCUCAUCAACACACACAGAGCCCUGACAUAUGUGCUGUCCCACAUCUUUGAGAACCCAGAGGCAGGUGCAUCUCCUAAUGCAGCUAAAGUUCUGGUGCUAAUCACAGAUGGAGAUCCCAGUGACCCUGACAGAAAUGGCAUUGUUAAAAAAUAUGACGAAAAAAACAUCAUUCGCUUUGUCAUUGGGUUCAGAGACAACCAUCUAGAUAAAUAUAGGGUCCUGGCUUCGGAACCAAAGGAUCAAAAUGUCUUCAAAACUGAGGACUAUGAUGAACUCACAAGAAAACUGGAAGAUGUAGUAACAAUGGCGAACAUGGCAGCUCGAGCAGAACAGAUGACUAAAGAAAUUUCUCAGAGAGGAUUCAGUGCAGUCUUCUACGAGGAUUCUUUAGUUCUGGGUUCAGUCACAUCAAAUAGUUGGCGUAGUUCACUCCAAGAGCUUCGAGGAAAGCAAAGAACACAAGUGGCAGAUCCAGACAUGCAGAUUGACUCCUACAUAGGAUACUCUGUUUCUACUGGAGUGAAGAACGGGCAUUCUCUAUAUUUUACGGGUGCACCGAGCUUUGAGAACACUGGACAGGUCGUACUUUUCAUUUACAAUGGAGGGAAUUGGACUGUUUCCCAAACCAUAAAUGGUGACCAGAUUGGUUCCUACUUCGGUGCAGAGCUGUGCUCAUUGGAUGUUAACUCAAACAAUGACACUGAUUUCCUGUUGGUGGGAGCUCCUCUGUUUAACCAGUCACAGGAGGAGAAAGAAGGCCGGAUAUACAUCUACACACUGACCGAUGAGAUACGACUGAGAAGUGAACUGCAAGUGCUGGCGCCCUCCAAGGGUAGAUUUGGCUCCACCAUAUCUAGUCUUGCAGACCUGAAUGGAGACGGACUCCGAGACGUUGCUGUUGGAGCCCCCCUUGAGGAUGAUAACAGGGGGGCUGUGUACAUCUUCCUUGGAGACCGAAACAAAGGGAUACAAGAAAUUUACAGCCAGAGAAUCACAGGAGAGGAAAUAAUACCUGGGAUCAGAUUCUUUGGACAGGCCAUCGAUGGGAACAUUGAUGCCAGAGAGGAUGGACUUCCACGUAUUGUAAUUGGAUCACCAGAAACGUCUGUUGUCUUAAGGCAGGGGUAACGUAUAUAAAGUGUGCAUUAAAAUCGAACUAAAUAUCCCAUUUCAAACUAUUUCAGUCUAUUUCAGCCCUUCGUUAUGCCCUGUAUUUUCACCCCGUAGAGAUAUUUGUGUAUGUGUGUGUGUACCGCUCCUAGAAAACUGUAACACUGAAGGUGUUGCGACAUGUUAGAUUCCAGCAUGUUUCUCUUGUAUUCAGCAGGAGGGGCCAACUCUGUACAGCAGUUUAUAGUUCUUCCUGUUUCUCUUUUUUAUGAUGAAUACAGACUACUGCCACCUAGUGAGUGUGUUAAUGCUACAACCACCUCCUCUGUCUCUCACUAAUUAUAUUAACUGAUCAUUGUUAUUAUAUACACUGUUCAGCCACAACAUUAAAACCAAUGGAAACAACAUCGUCCACCUUGUGACACUUCAGUGCUCUGCUGUUGGAUAUAGACAUGUACAACCUACCCCAUCCCACAGCAAUGACGCUCCUUGAUGGCAGCCAUCCUCAGGCAGGGUGGAGUCUGACUCAGACACACACAUAAAAACAGUUUAGGACUAAUCCAGAAAACAUGAUGCACUGGAACAAGCCUGAUCCACAGAGGCCAUCAAUGUCAACACAACAGUCUGUUACCGGACACCUCAUGAGUCACAGCUGUUUUUGGAGGCACAAGGUAGACCCACACGAUGUUGAAGGAAGGUGGUCAUAAUGUUCUGCCUGGUCGGUGUGUGAUAUACUGUAUGUCUGUAUCAUUUUUAAAAUGUAUUCAUUUGUCAUCCAUGUGUAAUUGAUUUUUUUUUUUUUUUUUUACUAAAGCAUUCGCUGGUUUAAACCCACGUACUUGAAUUAUUUCUGUAUCGUGACCUCUGCCUUUAAACAACAUGCAGCAAACCCCAAUGAAAAGAAAACUGGGAAGAUAAUUCAUGCCAUGUUUAUUUCUGCGGCUCCUCCCCCUCAAAUGUCUGCAGCACCAGACAGAUAGGGACAUCAUUUAAAAACAGAAAAUACACAUUGUUCACCAUUAUGAAGUAUUUUCCAGAAAAGUGCACAAUGUUUUAGUCUAAAACUAAAUGAAAAAAAAAUAAAAUAAGUGUUAAUACAUAAAAUAUGUGUGCCUUGCAUAACAUGGAUACCAUGACUGACCAUAAGGCGAGAGAAAAUCAACCAAACAUUAUACUCCACUAGUGAUAGUUUUCAAAAACUACAUAAGCUUGUUUAAUAUAUCCAUGUGAUUUAAAAACACUAACACACAGUUUUCUUUUUAGUUGUUUUUUUUUUUUUUUUGCAUACAUGAUUAUUAUCCUGAUUCAUCACACCGACUCCAAUUUUAAUGUCCCAUGUUGUUGAAAACUGGACGUUCGCCACUCUCCUGUUUACAGUCUUUCCUUCCUGUGGUGUGUGUCCGUCUCGGUUGAGUGCGAUGCUGCAUCGACAGAGUCGGCCUUGUUGUUAUUAUCAUUAUUGUGGAUAUUUGAGGGGCUGCUGCUCAGGAUGAUUGUGCAGACGCUCUCUCGGUGGACUCUCUGUGGGACCCUUCAAUCUGAGGAGCGGAACCGAAAAAAAAUUAAAACACAUCUGCAUCACGUCGUCUCAUUAUUGUUAAAGUUUUCUGAAGUACAGUUAAAGCCUCAACAGCAGCCAAAGAAUUCACAUAACUACUAACUGUUUAAUCAGGGGGAGUCCGGUGCUGAUGUAACCUCUUACUACAGAUUCACUGAUGUUUUCAUUUAAUUAAUACUAUUAUCUGUCCUCCACUAAUUAAAAAUAAAUGUUGGAUUAUACACUU